AUGCCUAUCAACCUUCCAAUCGACGCCAUCACCUCGCGCCUCAACCUGCAGGGUCGUUUCGACAAUGUCCGCUCUCAAUCCGUCACCUCCCGCUUCGCCAACUUGAAGCCCAUUUCCGAGUUCUUCAACUUCAAGCAAAUCUCCAAGCCUGCAAACUUCGGCGAGGUCCAAAACCGCGUCAACUACAACCUUGGCUACUUCUCCAGCAACUAUGCCGUACUCUUCGUCAUGUUGAGCAUCUAUACCUUGAUCACCAACUGGCUCCUUACGUUCGUCAUUCUCCUCGUCGUUGGUGGUAUGUACGGUAUCGGCAAGCUCGAAGGUCGUGAUGUUGAGAUUGGCAACUUCCGCGCAACCACUUCGCAGCUGUACACCGCUCUGGUUGUCAUCGCCGUCCCUCUCGCCAUCUUCUCAAACCCCUUCGGUUCCGCCCUCUGGCUUAUUGGUGCCUCGGGUGUCAGCAUCAUCGGUCACGCAGCAUUCUUGGAAAAGCCCAUCGAGUCAGCUUUUUCAGAGGAGGCGGUCUAA